AUUCAGUCACAUUCUUCUGUUUGCCCUCGUAUCGGCACUUCUCCUCUAUCGCAUCAUGGAAUGGAGUUCCUUGAAGACUUUUUUGGUCGAGCUUUGUGGUAGUCAUCUUGACAUGAACAUUCCCGCUUCCACGUGUUUCAAAAAUGAACGAAUUUCGCCUUCUUGUCUUCCUUCGAUUGUGUUGUGCAACCUGAAUCCGAUCCG